AUGGCUCUCUGCCGCUCGCGGCUCGAUCGCGUGCAGCGUGACGCAAAAUACCGACAGACAGUCGCUGUUGUAAUAAAUUGGACGGACGUGUUGAGUGCAGCUCUAUUCCGGGCAGAUGGUGAGGCAACUCCAGUGCUGCUGAUACAGCUGGAACACAUGACAUGCAAGUAA